CCUGAUUUUCUACGCUAAAAUAACGUUAAUUGGCGCUAAUCAACGGCCAUUGUGUUUGAUUGUGUUCCCGUGUCUUUGUCUACGGAUGUUAAGUCAAGUUGUAAUGGCUGCCCACAUAUGCAACAGAGCUCGUACGUUAAGGAACACGAUAUUUCUUUGGUCAAGACAAAUUGCGGUCGAGCGUUAGUUUGAUUACAGGUUAUUUGUUCCUUUUACAAUGAACAUUAACUCAGCAGUGAACAUUUUCCCAACGCUUGCUACGUGUUACAUAUUUUCCCCGGUGAUUGCUUAGAUACUGGGAACUUUCUUUCUGAAACAAAUAUUGAAGAAACUAACGAAAACGAAAUGAGGAAAGCAUUAACUGCUAUAGCCCAUGAAAUACAAAGAUACCACAUGAAAUCGCCAACAUCAGGCCUCGACAGUAAUGAAGAUAUAUUUAAAAAGUUAACUACAUUGAAAUCAAAUUUAACAUUAAAAAAGAAACAAGUGGAAAAACUUCGUGAAAGUCUGAAUAUUGCAUGCAUAGUUGCCAAAACAUUAUUAACUGCUAAGGAAAAUGAAGUCUUAGCAUUUAAUAAGCACAUACAUUUAGCUAGAAGUCAAUGUAACGCUUUGCUUCAGAAAAAUAUAAAUACCGAUGCAAUCGUUGAAAAGUUUAAAACAGAAAAUCAAACAUUAAAAAAGAAAAUAGAAAACAUCGAGAGUUUUAUUAAUCUGGGUUACAUAGAAAUACAAAAAAUGCGUAAUUCUCGAGUAAAAGAAUUAUCUACAAUGCAACAAUUAAAGGAAAUAUUUAUUAGUUGCGGCCACCACUACGCAAAUUAUUAUAAUGAACAUGAAUACUGCUUACAACUUGAACGGAAAAAUCGCUUUUUGAAUAACAAAAUAAAUAUAAUGCAGAACAGUAUAGAAGUUACUAUUGGUGAACUCAAUACUCUACGCUACCGAAACGUAAAACUACUAAAGGAAAAUGAUUUAUUUAAAAAAAAGCAAAGAUAUUUAAACAGUAAUAUUGAUCACGAUAUAAACAGUACACGUUCACUUUAUAACACACCGCAUAUUAAUGAAAUUAUUAGAAAAGAAAAAUCAAUAACUAAAACGCGUUACCUAGAUUUGACCAUACAUUUAUCGUUGAUAGAAAUGCUACUUUGUGACCAAGAUACUAUGUUAAAAGAUUUAAAUAAAUUGUCAGAAGAAAUUAAUAAUUCAAGCAAAUAAUGGAGAGCUAUGUAUGUAAAUACCGAUCUAAGUAUGUUAUAAAAUAUAGUUAUACAAAAUAAUGAAAAAUAUGUUAUAUAACAUAUAAUGUGUUUUUAAAAUUUAUGUUGAAAUUUUAGCUAUGUCUAUUCUAUACAUUUAUAUACAAGUAAUGGAAAAUAUUUUGAACUUACUGUUUGUCAGUUCCGACAAAUGCGAGACGAGACACUGUGACGCAAAUUACGUACGCCACCUGAAGAAGAUUUUUGGAUAAAAUCAAAAUAAUUAAAAUUUUCACAGAAAUAUUUUUUUAAAUAAAAUUAGUAUUAAAUCAAAACAUUAAAUCAAUUAAUCGAUUUUUAAUUUACUGGACAUCAGCACUUUGCCUUAUGGUCGAAUCAAUUAUUCGUUUUUUUGUAUUUCCAUUAUAUUCAGUUGAAUUUACAGGAUACAGAGGAAUAACACCUUAGUCUUCAGAAAUGGCAAUGCAUGAAGAAUAUCAUGGGCCAAGUCCGUUUCACUUUUCCCCAAGAAUGUCAUUUCUCUAAAAUUUCUUGCUAAAUUUUUUAACUACAGUUGCAAAAAAUUACCCAAUCUGGCAACGCGGCUUCCCUCUACACAAUAGGUUUUUAAUGGAUGAUAAUGGAAUGAUUUACAAUAUAUGCUGGCGGGGGACCAGUAAUGAGCUUGUUAGAUAUUUAUUCUAAAUUAUAUCAAUUUUCUUAAAGAUCUUGUGUCAAAAUGUGUACCUACAUUUAUUAAUAAAAAUCAAACUACUUUAAAUAUAAUAAAAUAUUAAAUUAAUUAAAUAUUGAAUUAUUCUUGUAAUAUAUAUAAAACACUAAUUUAUAUUUUAAUUGAUUUUAUAAUUAUUUAUUAUCUUGAUGCUUAAAUAAAAAGUAAUGAAAUUGUAAGAACAUGUGGUCUCACUGACUUGUUCACUCGAAUUCGGCCCUGUAAAUA